CGCGCGGCAAUGGCUCACCUAGCAGCAGCAGCAGCAGCAGCAGCGGCAGUCUGCUUAUGGGCUCGAGCCGGAGCUGAAGCAUCCGGACUGAACUGCGCAAAGAUGCGGCGCACGUAGACGCGACAUGCGGACCGCACCGCCUCACCUCCUCGCUGAUAUCAUGGUUGAAACGCCGUUAAGAUAAUUGUUGUGUUUGUUUUGAAAUGGCGGCGUUGAAGUCAAGGUGAAGAGCUCCUUUGCUCGGUCCGCUCGCCUGCCUGCCGGAGGAGGAGUGCGCACUUUUUUCUCGCUCUUUUGCCAGGGCAAGCAGCCAGCACAGAUAAAUCCGCUUUUUGUUCUCUUUCUGUCGAUUAUUGUGUAAGGAAUCAUGACGACGGGGCAGGAUGAGAGCUCAGUCCGUGUGGCACUGAGGAUUCGUCCUCAGCUGGCCAGGGAGAAGAUAGAGGGAUGUCACAUCUGCACAUAUGUGAUGCCCGGGGAGCCUCAGGUGAUCCUGGGGAAAGACAAGGCCUUCACCUACGACUACAUGUUCGACAUGGACUCCCAGCAGGACUCCAUUUACACCUCCUCCAUCGAGAAGCUGAUCGAGGGCUGCUUGGAGGGCUACAACGCCACUGUUUUUGCAUAUGGACAGACGGGUUCAGGGAAGACCUACACCAUGGGGACGGGCUUUGACGUGAACAUAUCCGAUGAGGAGCUAGGUAUCAUCCCCCGUGCCGUUCACCACCUCUAUAAGGGCAUCGAGGAGCGCCGACAGGCCGCCCAGGAACAGGGACGCCCUGUACCUGAGUUUAAGAUAAAUGCCCAAUUCCUUGAGCUUUAUAAUGAGGAAGUUCUGGACCUGUUUGACUCCACACGAGACAUGAAGCAGAAAUCUCACAUCAAGAUCCAUGAAGACGCCAAUGGGGGAAUCUACACAGUAGGAGUGACCACACGGACUGUGUCCUCUGAGGCUGAGAUGAUGCAGUGCCUGAAGCUGGGGGCUCUGUCUCGCACCACAGCCAGCACUCAGAUGAACGUCCAGAGCUCUCGAUCCCACGCCAUCUUCACCAUCCACCUGUGCCAAGUUCGCGUCUGUGCCUCUGACAAUCAAGAAACUGAGACUGAUAACAGAGUCUCCAACGGAAACUCUGAGAUGGAUGAGUACGAGACUCUGACAGCCAAGUUUCACUUUGUUGACCUGGCCGGUUCUGAGAGGCUGAAGAGAACUGGAGCGACUGGCGAUCGAGCCAAAGAGGGCAUCUCCAUCAACUGUGGACUGCUUGCUCUGGGGAAUGUAAUCAGUGCUUUGGGUGACCGAGGCAAACGUGCCUCACAUGUGCCUUACAGAGACUCCAAACUCACCCGACUUCUACAGGACUCAUUAGGAGGAAACAGCCAAACAGUGAUGAUUGCGUGCAUUAGCCCAUCUGACCGUGACUUCAUGGAGACGCUGAACACAUUAAAGUAUGCCAACCGAGCCCGGAACAUCAAGAACAAGGUGAUGGUGAACCAGGACAAGGCCAGCCAGCAGAUCAGCGCUCUGAGGACGGAGAUAGCUCGACUGCAGAUGGAGUUAAUGGAGUACAAGACAGGUAAACGCAUGGCAGGUGAAGACGGUGUGGAGAGCUUCAGCGACAUGUUCCACGAGAACUCCAUGCUGCAGACAGAGAACAGCAACCUAAGGGUGAGAGUUAAGGCUAUGCAAGAGACCAUCGAUGCCCAGAGGGCACGGCUCACCCAGCUGCUCAGUGACCAGGCCAACCAGGCCCUCAGCAGGGCAGGUGAAGGUGGAACUGAAGAAAUUGGAAACAUGAUUCAGAGUUACAUCAAAGAGAUUGAAGACCUCAGAGCCAAACUCCUGGAGAGCGAGGCUGUAAAUGAGCACUUGAGGAAGAAUCUGUCUCGCGCCUCCAAUCGUCAGUCAUUCUAUGGAGGGCCCGGCUCCUUCUCCUCCACGACACUGGCCCCUGAGAAGGAGACUUCUGACAUCAUUGAACUCGCCAAAAAAGACCUGGAGAAACUGAAGAAACGAGAAAAAAAGAAAAAGAAAAGACUCCAGCAGCUGUUGGAGGAGAGAGAGAGGGAGGAAAGGGAGGAGGUGGUGGAAGAGGUUGAGGACGCCAGUGCCAACAAAGAGGAAGUUCCUGACAACGAGCAAGAAAAGGGCACAGAGAAGGAAAUGACUGAGCGAGUCAAUGAGGACGCAGAAAUGGAUGUCCAGGAAGGCAGUGAUCAUGAGGAAGGAGAAGAGGAGGAGGAGGAGGAUGAAGAGGAGAUGGAUGUGGAGGAGAGCUCAGAUGAUUCUGACUCAGAGUCUGAUGAAAAAGAGAACUUUCAGGCCGAUCUGGCCAACAUCACCUGUGAGAUCGCCAUCAAGCAGAAGCUGAUUGACGAGCUGGAGAACAGCCAGCGGCGUCUGCACACACUCAAACAGCAGUACGAGCAGAAGCUGAUGAUGCUGCAGUGCAAAAUCAAGGACACCCAGCUGGAGAGGGACCGUGUCCUCCAAAAUAUGACUUCGGUAGAAAGCGGCACAGAGGACAAGGCUCGUAAAAUCAAGGCUGAAUAUGAGAAGAAGCUGAGCGUCAUGAACAAGGAGCUGCAGAAGCUCCACUCGGCUCAGAAGGAGCACGCCCGCCUGCUGAAGAACCAAUCACAGUACGAGAGACAACUGAAGAAGCUCCAGAUGGAUGUGGCAGAAAUGAAGAAGACGAAAGUCCGUCUCAUGAAGCAGAUGAAGGAGCAGCAGGAGAAAAACAGAAUGAACGAGUCUCGCAGAAACAGAGAAAUUGCUUCCUUAAAGAAAGACCAGCGCAAGCAAGAGCACCAGCUGAAGUUACUGGAGGCUCAAAAAAGGCAACAGGAGCUUAUUCUGAGAAGAAAGACAGAGGAGGUGACUGCUCUGAGGAGGCAAGCCAGGCCAACCUCAGGUAAGGUCAUCAGGAAGGUCAAUCUCCCAGAACCAGUCCAGGACUCUCCCCACAGACCUCCAUCUGGACGCAUGUACUCCUCCGGCAACGCUGCUCCCAAUGGCACUCGGUUUUCCUACAGGCGUACAGUCGGCGUUUACUCCACCAGAGUUGCACGCAAUAAAUGGCAGUCUCUGGAGCGCCGGAUCUCUGAUGUCAUCAUGCAGAGGAUGACCAUCUCCAACAUGGAGGCAGACAUGAACCGCCUCCUUAAGCAACGAGAGGAGCUGACCAAGCGUAAAGAGAAGGUCAUCAGGAAGAGGGACCGGUUGGUCAGGGAGGGGCCAGAGGCAGAGAAGGCAGUGCUUCCUCUUAAUGAAGAAGUGGAUGCAUUGACGGCCAACAUUGACUACAUCAAUGACAGCAUCGCAGACUGUCAGGCCAACAUCAUGCAGAUGGAGGAAACCAAGGAGGAAGGCGACACAGUGGACGUCUCUGCUAUAGUUGGUUCAUGCACCCUGACAGAAGCUCGUUUUCUGUUGGAUCACUUCAUGUCAAUGGCUAUCAACAAGGGUCUCCAGGCAGCCCAGAGGGAGUCUCAAGUGAAGGUGAUGGAGGGCAGGCUGAAGCAGACAGAAAUCACCAGCGCCACACAGAACCAGCUGCUCUUUCACAUGCUGAAGGAGAAGGCCGAGUUCAACCCGGAGCUGGAUGCGCUGCUGGGGAACGCACUGCAAGAGCUAGGUAACAUCCCUGCUGAAAAUGGGGACGAUAGCAGCAGUGAUGAGUCUGCCCAGAGCCCUUCUGCAGAGGGAAACACCUUGGCAUCAGAUCUCAUAAAACUCUGUGGAGAAACCAAAACCAGAAAUAAGGCUCGUAGAAGGACCACCACUCAGAUGGAGCUGCUAUAUGCCAACAGUGACUCCGCCCCUGAUGCACCCACUGCAGACUUCUCCAGUCCGAUGCUGCCGUUGGCUGAAACACCGGAUGGGGGAGGAGACAUGGACUCGUCAGGCUCAUCAGUCAGGGACUACACAGCUCUCUCCCCCGGCUUUUCCUCUAAAAUGGGCAGCAUUUCUGGCUCCAGAACUUCGUCAGGGGUGGAAAAGCGAGCUCCGGAGCCUUCCCCGCUCUCUCGCAGGAAGACCUAUGACAAGGCACAAGCAGCGGCCGACAGGGCAAAGGUCAAGGAGAUUAAACAGGGCAUCAUUAACCCGGUGCCAGCCACAAAGAGCAGUCGGUCAUCAACAUUACAGUGCGUCCACGUGGCAGAGGGACACAGUAAAGCUGUUCUCUGUGUCGACUCCACUGAUGACCUUCUCUUCACUGGAUCCAAAGACCGGACCUGUAAGGUGUGGAAUCUGGUGACGGGUCAGGAGAUAAUGUCCCUGGCCGGUCACCCCAACAAUGUGGUGUCAGUCCGCUACAGCUCCAGUUUGGUCUUCACCGUCUCCACCUCCUAUAUCAAAGUCUGGGACAUCCGGGACUCAGCCAAGUGCAUCCGAAUACUAACGUCCUCUGGUCAGGUUAAUGUUGGGGAUGUCUGUGCGUCUAACACCAGUCGGACUGUCACCAUCCCAGCCGGGGAGAACCAGAUCAAUCAGAUCGCUCUCAACCCCAACGGGACGGUUCUAUACGCCGCUGCUGGAAACUCAGUCAGAGUCUGGGAUCUGCGAAGAUUUGCAUCCACAGGGAAACUUACUGGUCACCUCGGUCCAGUGAUGUGUCUGACUGUGGAUCGCUCUGGAAACAACCAAGACCUGGUGAUCACCGGGUCCAAGGACCACUACAUCAAGCUGUUUGAUGUGACCGAAGGCUCUCUGGGUAGCAUCAGCCCAACACACAACUUUGAACCUCCACAUUACGACGGUAUCGAGUCACUGGUGGUCCAGGGAGACAUUUUGUUCAGCGGCUCUCGAGACAACGGCAUCAAGAAGUGGGACCUGGACCGCAAAGACUUGCUGCAGCAAGUCCCGAACGCCCACCGUGACUGGGUUUGUGCACUGGGUGUUGUCCCCGGGUCCCCGGCCCUGCUGAGCGGCUGCAGAGGUGGGGUGCUCAAGCUGUGGCACACGGACACACUGGGGACUCUGGGGGAGCUGAAGGGUCAUGAGAGCCCCAUCAACAGCAUCUCUACCAACAGCAGCCACCUGUUCACCGCCUCCGAUGAUCGGACUGUGAAGAUCUGGCGUGCACGUGGUGGACUAGACAGCACCUUAGAGGCGGGUGACAAUGCGGAUGAAGUGGCCAGUAACUAAAUCCCCGACUGCUGGGUUUGACUCUGGAAGGACGCUAACAGCAUCUUUUGAUGCUGCUGCCCUGCACUUUGACCCCUAACUUCUCAAGCCCAAUGCUGACUCCUAAAACACAUACCUUCUAUGCCAUGUAACCUUUAUGACUGAGCCAACAGGAUUUAAGCUCAUCUCAACAGAAACUAAUUCACACUCAUUCUUUUCUUAGACUCUGUAUGCUCAGAGAGUCAUGCUAAUCCGUUGUAGUUUACCGCAUUGUUAAUGACUCUUUGCAGCAUAAACCUUUUCUCUUUUGCGCUGUAGACGAGGCGUCACUGUUGACCAUGAUAGGAACUUGUACUAACAAGACUUUAAUUCAAGAGUUGAACACAACAAAGACACUCAUAGAAAUGAUCUCUGCUGCUCAGCUCUGUUCAGUGCUGAGUCAGGAGAAAGUACACCUGCAGGCACUCAAUUACCCACAAAAAGGGUAGCAGUGUGUUUUGUUAGAUUAGCCAUAAAUAGACAGAACGUUGAGUGUCAGAGGAGAAAAAGGCAGCAGAGCUAACGGGUUGGUAGCUGGUCUUCGCAACCCAGAUUGUUGAGAUUGUUUCUCUGCACUCGAAGCAGAACCAAUGUCCCCGUGCUCUCCCCCCCAAAAAAAAAAAACAAAAGUGGCUUUACUGUUUGUGAAAAAGACAAAUCACCGCUCCCCUUAACUUCCCCCUCUUUCUUUUGUGCUCCUCCCUCCUCAAUUUCUGCAGCUGUUUAAGAUCAGCGACCAAAAUUGUGCAAACUUGUCGUCUUUGCUGUCCUGCACUGCACUCGUGAAAAUAACAGUAACAGUUCCACUAAAAGCAAAAGUUCAACAUUUAGGAAAAUAUGCUUAUUUGCUUUCUUGCUGUGAUUUUGAUGCUAUAUUUGUUGAAUAUGAGACUACAGCUAGCAUCUAGUUAGCUUAGCUUAGCAGAGCCUCCAUAGCCUUGCUAGUUAACAAGUUAUAUGUUUAAAACUUAAUUUUAAAAAAAGGGUUAAAUUGGUUAAAACUUGUUGUUUUACAGGGGUUUAUGUGAGGGACUAUUUUUUUGGGGGGGGUCUUUCAGUCCCAGCUUUAUUCUUACACGUUUUUGUAUGAAUUAGACCAAAAAGUAGCACAGAGUUGAUUAGCUGCUGCUUGGCAGAUUUUGUUACCUUUUUUUACCUUUUGCUAAGCUAAGCUAAAUGGCUGCUUGCUGUAGCUGGUAUCGAUCUUCUCAUGUAACUUUUUGGCAGAAAGCAAAUUAGCGUAUUUUCAGAAAUGUUAAACUAUUCCUUUAACUCUUGAGCACUUGUGAAAACCGACACAGAGUCUUUGUUACACUUAAUCCUUAAAUGUGAGCAGGUUCAGCGUUUGUAUUCUACACUUGUUGUCCAUGUUUCAUCUCAUGUAAAAACCUAUGUUCACUCUUCACGUCGCAGUUAGCACUCACUAAACCUACACUACUGAGUUGUCGUUGAACUCCCAUGCUGCUAAGUCGUGUGAUCACCUUCAACCCCUAUAAGAGGGCUUCUUGUUAUGGACUCUGGGUGAGGUCCGCUCAGUACAGACAAUGUGUAUGUAUAUAUGUGUACUAGUAUCUUUUUGUUUUUGAAGAGGAGAGGCCUUCAGACUCUGCCCGUGUUGUGAGCCUAAUCACGUCGACUGACGUCUGUGUCCCUGUUCUGAUGCUUGCGGGGCCUUCCUGGAGACUCUCGUGGUCUCCCCUCAUGGUCUCCCUGAUGUAACUGAUCUGUCUGUUUGUGUGCUGUCACUUUUGAAUGUUGGGUGAAACAGCAGUUGUAGGCAUUAUUCGAUCACAUAUCUAAUGUAUGUAAACAAUGUAUUUUUAAAAAAUCUGACUGAAUGUUAGUUUUGUGGGACCACCGAUCUGAACGCAGUCUCACACGAGCCGAGAGGACCAGGAUUGGCAGAAGUUUCACGAGCAGUAUUAAAGCUUUUGACGGAGCUUUUCCUCCAAGGAGGUUGCAGGUUAUGUGUAGUGGCCUAUGGUUAGUUUUUUUUCUUUGUUUUGUUUGUUAUGCUGUCCCUGUUCCACAUAUCCUGGGCGUUCCCCCUCUGGAGUUUUAGUAGCCAUUCUCAAAUGGCAGACUCUGUAGCGAUUCUAAUGUCAGAUGCCUGGUGAGAAUAAAUGCCAUCUGUCAAAAACAA